UCAGCCGAUCCUCAUCACAAAAUAAUACAGAGAGAAAAAUGCCCCGAGAAAACACAAGUAAUUAACGGGAGGAGAGGGAGCGAGAUAAGAGUCGUCGCAGCGGAAGGAGAGAGAAACAAAGGUGGUAGAUGUGAGCCACCCUCUUUGUAUCCCUCGCCAACUUCUCCUACCAACUUCUUUUCCUCUCCCCUCGUCUCGCGGCCGCUGCCGCCUUGCCUUGGGCCGCCUUUUCCUACUGCCGCCGCCGGCCGGCCGAAGCCGCCGGUGGCAGUUCAAGUAUGGUUAGCUUGAGGAGACGUCGACUAUUGGGUCUUUGUUCUGGCAAAGAUUCAUUGCCAGUUGAUCUUCCUAAGCCUGUUGAGAAUGAAAAACAUGGGGAAGUUGAACAUGCAAAUGUCAAUCCGCUCAGUGUGCACCCACUGCCCUUGACCAGGACUUCUGACGUACUUCCAGAAUCCUCAAAUGGUUCCGACUCUCUGAAGGAAGAGAAAAACCAAUACUAUCCAGGUAAGGAGAUUAAGCGCAGAAAGCGACAUAGAAGAAAGCAGUAUGUGGACCAAGAGCCAUGCAUAAUGAGAGGGGUCUAUUUCAAAAAUAUGAAAUGGCAAGCUGCUAUAAAAGUUGACAAGAAACAAAUUCACUUGGGUACUGUUGGAACACAGGAUGAGGCAGCCCGGCUAUAUGAUAGGGCUGCUUUUAUGUGUGGAAGAGAGCCCAAUUUUGAACUUUCUGAGGAAGAGAAAAACGAACUGGUUAAGUACACAUGGGACGAUUUCCUGGCAAUAACACGCAACACCAUAACCAGCAAAAAACAAAGAAAGGUUGGGUCGCUAAGGCAUAAUAAGGCAGACUUGUUCAUAGGAGAUACUGAGAUGGUCAAUGGUGGCGGGUCUUCGAACUCAGAUGAUGGAGAUGUUGACACAUCGGUAUCCUAGAUCGCCGCCAGGACAUGGACACCCAAAUGGAGUCCGCCCCACAGAUUCAUUCCGAUAUAAUUUACCUCUAGUUUUCUCCCCCUCAGUAUCUAAAUUCAUGUGCAUAAGGCCCUGGUGGUCUGAUAAAAGGUUAGAUAACCAUGACAUCUCAGAUUAAAUUGGAGAUGGUCAAUUAUAGGAACAAAUUAAAUUGGAGAUGGUCAAUUAUAGGAAUGAAUUUAGCUGAGCAAUCAUUUGAAAUGA